AUGGAGGCCAACGGCACGCUGGUGGAGUGCAAACGCGGGGAGUCGGACGCUGUUGUUUUCCGUUUCCUCAUCAUCGACGCCCCGUCGCCCAGCAGCGUGCCUGCGUAUAUGAAAUUGCUUCAACGGCACAACGUGAUGCACAUUGUGCGGGCAUGUGGCCCAACGUACAAUGCGGAGGUAUUUGAAAAGCAGGGAAUAGUGGUGCACGGCUGGAGCUUUGACGACGGUGCCUCACCAACGCAGACCGUCAUUGACAAUUGGCUGAAUUUGCUCGAACAGGAGAAGAACAAGUCACCCCCAGAGACGAUUGCCGUCCACUGCGUUUCUGGACUUGGCCGAGCACCCAUUUUGGUUGCGCUGGCACUUGUGGAGUACGGCGGAAUGCCGCCACUCGAUGCGGUGGGUUACGUGCGAGGGCGGCGCAAAGGCGCCAUCAAUCAGGUGCAGCUCAACUGGCUUAUGCGUUAUAAACCGCGUCAUCAGGAGAGUAAUGAGGGGUCUUUGAUCUGCGCGAGAUGCACGUUGAUGUAA